CGCUCCGCGUCUGAGAUUCGGCUGAAGAAAGAAAAACUCGACUGAGACACACGUGACACACUAUUAUAAAGAUGGAGUUUAUUAAAGAGGAGAGUGAAGACGUGAAGAUUGAAGAAACAUUCAGAGUCAAACAUGAAGAUACCGAGGAACAAAAAGACCUGAAAGAGGAGCCUGAAGAACUGAAUGAAAUGCAAGAUAAAGAUCAGUAUAAGAAACAUCAUGAUUUCAUACCUAGACAAAAAUCACUUAGUUGCUCACAGACUGCAAAGACUUCCUUACAAAAAAGAGCUCAGAAGGCUAGUUCUAGAAGUCGUUUCAACUGCCAACAGUGUGGAAAGAGUUUUGACCAUCAAGGAAAACUGAGAGUCCACAUGAGAGUUCACACAGGAGAGAAGCCUUUCACCUGCCAACAGUGUGGAAAGAGUUUCAGUGAACAUGGAAACCUUAAAGUCCACAUGAGGAUUCACACAGAGGAGAAGCCUUUCACCUGCCCUCAGUGUGUAAAGAGUUUUACUCAUAAAAGCACUUUGAAUGUUCACAUGGCAAUUCACACUGGAGAGAAGCCAUUCACAUGCAAACUGUGUGGAAAUAGUUUCAUUGAAAAAGGAACCCUUAGAAGGCACUCGAGGAUUCACACCGGCGAGAAGCCUUACACAUGCCCUCAAUGUGGAAAGAGUUUUACUCAACAAGGAAGCUUUAAAAGGCACAAGAUAAUUCACACUGGAGAGAAGCCGUUCACAUGCAAACUGUGUGGAAACAGUUUCACACGACAAACAAGCUUUAACAGGCACAUGAGAAUUCACACCAGAGAGAAGCAUUAAGCAUUUAUGUGGCAAGAAGAGCAGGGGCCGAGAGCCGUGGGAACGAGUCUCACAGAAGGAGAUCUGGAAGGAUAAAAGGAGGAGUGACGACAGUGCAAGACUGGAGAGGACAGGCCUGGACUUCAUGUUGUGCUUUAUGUUUUUUAUGCGGCAGUCGUCUGUGAGGGGCUGCUGCUUUACUUUUCUUUUUGUUGUUUGUUUAUUUAAUAAUUCAAGUUGUGUGAAUGUUCACCGGUUCCUGCGGCUCUCAGCCCUGCCCUGCAUGCCUCAUGUAUAUUGUCGGUAUGUGAUUUAACAUUUUGGAGUGAAUCAGACACUGAAGACUUGAUCAGAAUUGUGUUGAAACAGCACAUAGAACCAAAUUCCACAAAAGGCCCUGAGUCUCACACUGGAUGACCAUAAAACUGAGACCUGUCAGUUGGCACCACAAAGCCUGAGUUAACUAGUUACUCCUCCAUGGACGACUGAAUAAACUAACGUAAGAACUCCUCCAGCGUUGUCAACUUUAAGCAGUUAACCCAAGAUAAACGGGUCUGGAGACACACAUUCUGAAUCUCACAGAGAAAAUCAUAAGACAAAAGUGGGACUUCCCUCACUCAAGAUAAAGAGCUAAAGCCAGACUCCCUUUUGACCUUUUCCUUGCUCGCAUGACUAAAAUCAUCUCUAAAACCCACAGAGACUGUCUUUACAUAUAUAAAUAUGCUUCAGAUCAUAACAAAAUGAGGCUAAGAGAACUUCAUUUGAAUAAUUCCAUAUUAUGACUGACUGUCAUCCACAUAAUAUGUUUUUUAUUCAAG